AAACCAUCACGUGGUGACUAAGGCCUCCAAGCCAAAGGACAUAUAAACACAGAGCUUCUCCAGUUUAUUUGGUUGUCCUCGUCCUUCUCCAUGGUGUUAGCUCAAUCAGCCUGCAGCAGUUAGUUAAACUACCUCAGCACAGACUGCCAGGACAUCAUUUUAUUUCACACAAUAUGGACCAGAGUCUUCGUGGCUGCCCGAGUCCCGAGGACACCCUGAAAGAGAUCAAGACCAGCUUACUGGAGUGUAAAGUCUGCUUUGAGACGUUUAACUUGCAGCAGAGGGAGCGCAGACCGCAGAACCUUUCCUGUGGUCAUGUACUUUGUCUGGAAUGCAUCACCAGUUUGUCCCACCCUCUCCUGAGGAAGCUGGAGUGCCCGUUCUGUCGACAGCUGUGCAGUGUUGACAGUAUAUCCCAUUGCCAGGUUCUCAGUGACCUGCAGGAGCUCCUUUUGUCCCACAGUUCCUCCUCCUUUGCUCCCCACAGCAGGGCUACAGGGGGUUUUAUCUCAGAAGCUGCUCUGCAUCUUCGCUCCACAUUUGGUGGCUGGGGGACUCUCAUCAAUCCAACUGGAUUAGCCAUUCUUGGAUCUAUGGGGGAAGUAGUUGUGGUGCAUGAUGGAGAGAAGAGAGUGGUUGUGUUCAACCAACAAGGGAUGAAGCUGCACAGCUUUGGAGAAAGAGGAGCAGGCAAUGGAGACAUCUGUUACCCAGUGGAUGUGGCAGUGAGUCCAGCUGGUUAUGUCAUAGUGACGGAUGCAGGGGGUAAAGCUGUGAAGGUUUUCGCUUCAAGGGGGAUACACGUUUUGACGGUCAAAGAUUGCUUCCAGCUUCCUUGGGGUGUGGACAUGGACAGCUGUGGACGUAUCUUGGUGUCAGACUUGCAGGCUGGGACCCUGUUCAGAAUAAAUGUGGACUUCAGUCAUGGUGUUAUCCUGGAGAAUCAAAGUGUUAUAACUAACCUUCAGUGUCCCAAAGCUUUGGCUCACUGUCCAAAAACCGGAAACACGGCUGUGAUGGAGCAUCCAAGAGGAAAGCAUGGCCACAAAAAGUUAAAAGUGUUUACGAAGGACUUCAAUCUUCUUUACCAGAUGGACAGCUUCAGCCUGACCCUGCAGUCUUCCAUCCGGUUGAACAUAUCUGAUGUGGCUUUCAGCAGCGAUGGAGACGUGGUGGUGUCCGACUCUGAUCAAGGCUUGAUUUGUAGUUUAGGAAACCUUCAGAACGGUCCGGUCAUUACUCCUCUUGUGGGGCACCAUCUCAUCCAACCUUCUGGGCUGGUGUUACUUAACAACUCGCUCGUUAUUGUAGAUGGUGGUGACCAUACAGUGAAGAUUUAUUCUAGUAAGCCUGAUGGCUGAGAACCCAUGUCAAUUAUAAGAGACCUAUGGAGAUCACAGUGCAGGGAAAGGGGAAUAAAUUGACGUUUACCUGUAAAA